GACGUCUGUACACCACGCGAGAAGAAAAGUGAUAAUUUCAAUUUCGAAGAUAGAAUUUAUUACGUAAGGAUUAAUUACGGUACACUAUUAGAAAAUGGCACAGGUUUUCAAUAGAAUUGGGCAAUUUGGCUUGGGCCUAGCCGUUGUUGGAACUGUUGUUAAUUCUGCCCUUUACAAUGUGGAUGGAGGUCAUAGAGCUGUUAUUUUUGAUAGAUUUGCUGGCAUAAAGAAACUGGUUGUUGGAGAAGGAACACACUUCUUUAUUCCCUGGGUACAGAAACCUAUCAUAUUUGAUAUUCGAUCUAGGCCAAGAAAUGUUCCUGUUAUAACUGGAAGCAAAGACCUACAAAAUGUAAACAUCACACUUCGUAUCCUCUUUAGACCAGUGCCAGAAUCCCUGCCAAAGAUCUACACCAUUCUUGGUGUAGACUAUGAUGAAAGAGUACUUCCAUCUAUUACUACUGAAGUAUUGAAAGCAGUGGUUGCUCAAUUUGAUGCAGGAGAAUUGAUUACGCAAAGAGAGCUUGUGUCUCAGAAAGUCAGUGAAGAUUUAACAGAAAGAGCCUCUCAGUUUGGUCUAAUCCUAGAUGAUAUUUCCCUUACACAUUUAACCUUUGGAAAAGAGUUCACACAGGCUGUAGAAUUGAAACAAGUAGCCCAACAAGAAGCAGAGAAGGCGCGUUUCUUGGUGGAAAAGGCUGAACAACAAAAAAAAGCAGCGAUCAUUACUGCAGAGGGUGAUGCACAGGCGGCCAGUCUAAUCGCGAAGUCUCUCGGUGAAGCUGGUGAUGGUAUAGUUGAACUCAGAAGAAUCGAAGCCGCGGAGGAUAUUGCCCACAAUCUGUCUAAAUCCCGCCAAGUAGCCUAUUUACCCCCAGGUCAAAACAUCUUACUAAACUUACAGCAAUAAAGAGAUAGACUCGAAUGAGGAUUGUAAACUGAAGUUGUGGCAUUUAUAUCGUAACAGAUGCAUUCUAAUGCUAAAAAUGGUGUAUGAAAAAAUAGAUGGUGGGGCAAAAACCCUAAAAGCGUUGCAUAACAAGAAUAUAUAUAUAUAUAUACAUACAUAUAUAUAUAAAUAAUAUUUCAUAGUAUUCAGAUUUCAGUUCGAAAUAUCCAUUUUUGUAAUACACAGAUACGUUCCUUCACCUUGCAUUGUACGCAAGUAAUUGGAAACGCUUCCUUCUACGCAUCUAAGCUUGUUGCUUUACACAUGUUUCGUUCAGUUAUAUGUAAAACAAUUACCCGAUAAGCUGGAACCGCAUUCGUUUAUUGCUACGCGCGACUCAUUACGUUUGUUUCACAAGACGAGGAGAGCAUUUUCCUUGUGUGUUUUUAAUACCCCGACGUUUAUUCAGAUUUCAUUAAACCAGAAGGGUCAUUGAUCGCCUUUUUUUGGCUCUUUACCUCCUCGUGAACACUCACAUGAGUUAGCGACCAAUAACGCUUGCUUAUUUCAGUAUCAAAUAAUCGCAACAACAUUAUUAUAGGCAUUCUGCAAGUCUCUAGUACCACUUACGUGUUUAUAUGACGACAUUGUAUAGAUCACAAUACUACCCAUUGAAUCCGUUUGUAAAUGUCUCCGGUGCUAUGUAAUGCAAAAUUAAGGAAAAAUAACAUUGAACACGAGUAAGGAUUGCGACGAGAUUUUGUACCGUCAGAAACGGUAAUGCAACGCAUGUAUAUUUUUUAAUACGCAUACUUCGUCUCUGAAUUGUAGCUAUCAAGCAGGGAGAAUCGAAACGUGUUUGUGGCGUAGUAAUAUAUACAAACACAAAUAGUGUGUCAAUGGACAUAGUUUAGUAACUAUUCUUGUAAACGACUCUCCAAUUUAAAUGUUAUUUUGUA